AUGGAUAAUCCCAGUAACAAAGACAUAAUGAAAACUAUACAACAGAAGUUUUCAGAAAUAGAAAAGGCCCUUAAUUUUAAUGGCGAAGUGAUGGAGGGGUUACAAAGAACAAUAAAAGAUAUAUCGGAUGAGAAUCGUGAGUUGCGAAAAACACAAGAGCAUCUUAAGAAUCGUGUUGCUGAACUGGAGAAGGAGGUAGUAACUUUGAAGAAAAAUGUUUCUAAAGAUGAAGAUGAAGCUAGGAAGAAAAGGGUGAUUAUUAAAGGAAUUAAAGGAAAUCAGAAUAUUGAUGAAAACGUCAAAAAAGUAUUUUUGAAACUGGGUAUGGGGGAACCUAGCUAUAAGGUGUUUGUUCUUUCUAAGGCUGAGGUAGAUCCUACUGUGGUGGCUGUGCAAUUUGAUUCAGUGGAACAACGUAAUACGGUUAUAGAAAAGAGAAAAAGUCUAUCACUGAGCAAUUAA